AUGGGCAACUCUGAGGAUCCAGCUGCCAAUGGUGGCCAGCUUCGACCACGCCUUUCCCGGCUCUCGAUGAUUGGAAUGACCUUUGCCAUUCUCAACACCUGGAUCGCACUCGCAGGCUCCAUCGGGCUGGUGCUCCCCUCUGGCGGACCCGUCUGCUUCCUGUACGGGUUUCUCUUCUGCGUGGCUUGCAACUUCGCUCUGGGCGCCAGUCUGGGCGAGUUGGCAGCAACUUGGCCGACGGCUGGAGGGCAAUACCAUUUUGCGUAUAUGCUGAGUACCGAGCGAUGGAGGAGAGCGUACAGCUACUGGGUUGGAUGGAUCAGCAUUGCUGGGUGGCUGAUGCUCGUGACGACCGAGGGCUUCUUCUCGGCGCAGUUCGUCAGCGCAGCUGCGAAUAUCGCUUCUGGAGGAAGAUAUCAAGUCGAGGCGUGGAAGACAUACCUCAUCUUCCUGGCGAUACUGUCUUUUGGGACGUUGUUCAAUAUCUUUGGCAAUAGAUUGCUGGGCAGAUGGAAUGAUGGAGCCUUGUGGUGGUCCAUUCUGUCGGUUAUUGUCAUAUCUGCGGUUGUGCUCGCCACAUCGGGGAGAUUCAACAGCGCUUCAUAUGUGUUUGGCGGCUUCGAGAACGAAACUGGAUGGCCGGACGGAGUCGCCUGGAUCUUGGGUCUCCUGCAGUCUGCCUUGUCUCUGACAGGAUACGACGCAGCCCUGCACAUGACCGAAGAGAUGCCUCGUCCGUCGCAUGAUGUACCUCGUGCAAUCUUGAUGGCGAUUGGCAUCGGUGGCAUCAUUGGGUUUGCGUUUCUUCUGGUAAUUCUCUUCUGCCUCGUGGAUCCCACUGCCGUGUUGAGCACAUCUACUGGCAUGCCAAUCUCCGAGCUGAUGUUGCAGGCAACUGGGAGCCGGGCUGCGGCUACGAUCUUAACGUUGAUGUUGGCAGUAUGCUUCGUGAAUGGAACCUUGGGCUGCAUCACCAGCGCAAGUCGUCUGCUCUUUGCGAUGGCUCGAGACAAUGGCGUGUUGUUCUCCACGUGGUUCGCCCACAUCAAUGCUCGACUCGAAGUACCUGUCAGCGCCGUCAUCUUGACCUUUGUGUUCAACGCCUGCUUCGGACUGCUAUACCUCGGUCCCACCGUAGCAUUCAGCGCCUAUGCCGCCAGCAGUACCAUCUUCCUGAACAUGUCAUACGCGGCGCCGGUCUUGGUUCUCGUGAUUCGUCGACGCCGCAUUUUGCAGCUGGAUAGAGCACUGCCAGUCGGCUUUCGAAUGGAUAACGUCCUUGGCACCAUAGCAAACUGGACGUCGGUCCUCUUCGUUGGUGUCACCUCAGUGUUCUUUUGUUUCCCAACGGUCUACCCGACGAAUGCCAGCACCAUGAACUACGUCUCAGCGGUAAUUGGGAUCUUCGUGCUCGUUGUGGGUAUCCACUGGUUCGCCAUUGGGAAGAACUUCCAAGGUCCUGUGAGUCAAGUCGCCUUCGUGUCACGCUAUUCAGCAGUCGCUGACGAUCAACGCUCAAGUCAAUCGAUGUCAUCAGCAUUCCGGUUCUCGUACAUGGGCGGCAAAGCUCAAGCGAAGACGGACUCCAGGACAAGGAAGUAG